UUCCCUCUCUUCCCCUCCUUCGGAGGACAGCCGACAAUUUCAUCUCUCGCCCAAGUCUCGCGAUCUCUACGGCUUUUAUAAGGGCAGGUUGUGGAUUCAACCUCGCUUCACUUAUCAUUUCUCAGCUGCGUCCGUUUAGGUCUUGGCGCAACUUGCGUCAUGGCCUCGGUUCGCUUCUUGCUUCGGCGCUUAGAGAGCGACGGGGGCCUAGAGCCUUGUUAGUCUGAACUUCCUGUCCGUGGCGAAGCCUCGGGCUGCGGACUGUCUCUUCUUCCCCGCUUCCCCCUUCACCCCUUUCUUCCUCCCCACGGAGACCCAGCUGGGAAUCAGAGUUCUUCAUAUCUAGAGAAACACUUGGAUCACAGUCUUUCAUGGCAUCCAGAGAACCAGAUGUGCCUGCCAUUGAGCACAGUGCAGGUGGGCUUCUAGGCAAGAUGUCCCUACCAAUUGGAAUGCAUCGUCGGGCAUUCAGUUAUGAUGAUGUCCUGGAGGAUCCCACACCGAUGACUCCGCCUUCAUCAGACAUGUGCAGUAAGGUUCUAUGGAAAAAGCCGGUCAUCCCAGAUCGGAAGUACCAACAGCUUUCCAAGGUUGAGGAUGGUGAAACUAGUUUGUCCUCUCCUUCCAUAACCCCCUCAGCUUCCAGUGACCAAAUGAACAAGGUCCCAGUGGUGAAGGCCAAAGCUACGCAUGUCAUCAUGAAUUCUCUAAUUACAAAACAGACACAAGAGAGCAUCCAACGCUUUGAACAGCAAGCAGGGCUGAGAGACGCAGGAUAUACUCCCCAUAAAGGCCUCACCACAGAAGAAGCCAAGUACCAUCGUGUGGCGGAGGCUGUCCAUAAAUUGAAGUUGCAAAAUGGAGAAAUAACAAAAGAUGAUAGAUUGACUGUUUCAGCCCAGUCCACUCCAAGUAGUACACCCCAUUCUUCUCCCAGGCAAAAGCCCAGAGGUUGGUUUGCUCAUGGAUCUUCUAAUUCUUUACCGGGCCUAGACAUCAGCAAUAUGGACUCUGGAAAUGGAGAUAGAGACAAACCCUCAUCUGAAAAAUGGAGCCUUUUUGGACCAAGAACCCUUCAGAAAUCCGAUUCAGGUUUCAGUAUCCAGUCCUACAGAGGUACACAGAAACCAUUACCAGUGGAGCUCAUUCGGGCUCAGGCUACUAGAAUUGCAGAAGACCCAGCAGCCUUCAAACCACCUAAGAUGGACCUUCCAGGAAUGGAAGGAAAGAAACCAGCUCCACGGGUCCAUAACCUCAAACCAAGAGACAUGAAUGUGUUGACUCCCACAGGGUUCUAAAGCUCCCUUUUCAUUUGCUUUUCCUGCUGACCCACAGUUAUGUAGAGAGGGUCUUAUAGACAGUCUUUUCCGUCUUCCUAUCCACCUUGUACUUGACCUAGGAAAGAUGUCAUCCAUUUACAAUUCUGCUGAUGAAGAUAGUAUUCCUGGGGAGGUAGUGACUGUUUCUUUAAAUAUUUGUAGCAAAACUUGAUUCUUCUAAUACUAGAAGACCUAUUUUGUAAUGACCCAAAAUUGAUCUGAAUAACUUCUCACAACAGUCAACCACAUCCAACUACCAAUCUAUAGAACUAGAUUGCAAGGGAUAAGGGGAAUAAUUAAAAUCUGGUAGACUUUGUUCUACAUAUUUAUCCAAGAUAAAUAUAUUUGUUUUGGUGGUUCUUUUCCUUGAUAAGUAAUAUUCACAUUUUCCAGCUUAGACAUUGUAUGCUUCUUUAGAGAAUCAAAGCUGGUCUAGAAUCAAAGCAGUGGUUCAGGAGCCUUGUGUCCUGGUCCUUUUUGGGGAAUGUCUAUUGGAAAUGGAGACUGCUGCUGUCCUUUGACACUAACAUGUCAAAGAUCUUUAAAAGGUAUCAUCAAUCCUUUGAUUAAAGACUUGAAGCAGGAGAUCUGGUCUACCCUGCCCCUUACAAAAGUGGGCUUUUUUUUUUUUUGGGAACCCUCUUACAUUCUGAUUUGUGACUGAAUGGUGAAAUCUUUGCUGCUUCUAGUAAAAAAAAUAUGUGAUCAUUGUUCACUUUGGCAA